AUCUUCCCCAACUAUUUUAAUCAACUCCAUAAAGUUAUAAGAACUCAGUAUUAUAAAUUCGAUCAUGCAGAGAAGAAAGCCGAGGGGAAGCUUUAACGACAUCGAUGAAUCGGCAGUAGUAAAGGCAGCUGCAUGGGCAUGGUUCGAGCACGGUCCGGUUUCCGACGGCGAGUCGAUCAUGCCGGAAUUCGAUUUAAGAAGGGCUUGUCACGCUGCUUAUAAACCGUCCAGGUACAAGCUAGAAGCUAUGGAAAAUAUAGCCAACAUUAGCAGUAAAGAAAGUGUUACUGCAUCUAAUAAAUCACUCCUUGAUACAUAUGAAAUUGAAAGUAUAUCUCGGAAAUUGGAUCAACUUAUAGAAUUUAGUGGGGACAGAAGCAAACUUCAUAAGGGUUUUCUAGUUGGACACGUUCUUGGUAUAAAGAACAUGAAAGAGGGCGGGAGAGGUUCGGACUCUGAUCUUGAAUACAGAGAUAAACGCUCUUUACCACUGAAGCUACAAGUCCCCGAAGAAGUUCGUCAACAAGAAUGUGUGCCGCUCAUGGAUGGUAACACGAACGGGAGGAAGAAAAGGAACCAGAACGUUAGAGGAGGAUUUUGGCAUAGGCAUGUGGCGAUAUGUGGCAGAAGUGAAGAUGUUGUAAACACAAAAGCUUUCGUGGUUCGUCAUCGGCGGCCGGAAAAGGGAUAAACUGUUCAGAUAUAUAAACCUCCAGGGCGAAGAAGAAAUUGCGCUCUUUUUAAGUUUUGAGAAAAUAAAUGAACGUAAGUGUAAAGUUCCAUCACCGCUUUAGUUUGUAAGAAGUUUGGGAAAAAUAUGUGUAUGAAGUUUCCAUUUAACGUACAAGAUUGACAUUUAAGGGUGGCAAUUUGUGAGGGUGAAUAAUGUUUGUGACUUUAUCUUUGUGUUUGUGUCAAGAUAGCUAAUCCAAAAUUCUAGUGA